AUGUACCCACCACCUCGCCCUCCCACUGUCUAUGAUCAUGCGCUACCAUCUGAUGUUACUGCAACCCCACUUGCUACAGCUAUAGCUGCGUUACUCUCCACUACCAUAAGCGGCGAAAAUUUCGUCCCAGCUGCGACAAUAACAGCUGUAGCUGCAAGCACUGCGGCUGUUAUGCAGGGACCAGAUGACGGACCAAAAGAUGGCGGCGAUAAUGGAGAGUGCAAGCUGCUUGGACCUUUUGCGCUGCUCGUCCAGGCAGCUCUUGGAGCCUUUGCACUACUUGCUCUCGUGUGGAAGCGGUAUCGCGAACGGCCGCAACGGCCACUGAAAGUCUGGUGGUUCGAUGUGUCUAAACAAGUUGUCGGCUCUGCGCUGCUGCAUCUGGCCAACUUGCUCAUGUCCAUGCUCUCUGCUGGGCAGUUUCAAGUAACCGCUGAGUCCGGCAUACAAGUCUCCAACAAAAAGUACACGCCCAAUCCGUGCUCAUUCUACCUGCUCAAUAUCGCAGUCGAUACAACAAUUGGCAUUCCAAUCCUUGUUAUAUUCCUUCGCGUUUUGACCCAUGCAUUCUCUGGAACUCCACUUGGGAAUCCCCCAGAGUCGAUCAAGUCUGGCAACUAUGAUACUCCACCUCGCGCCGGAUGGUGGGUCAAGCAAUGUUUUAUCUACUUCUGCGGACUCCUUGGAAUGAAGAUAUGCGUCUUCUUUCUCUUCGAGCUGCUUCCCUGGCUUGGGCGCGUCGGCGACUGGGCGCUGAGAUGGACAGAAGGAAACGAAAGAGUGCAAGUCUUUUUCGUGAUGUUGCUCUUCCCUGUUAUAAUGAACGCGCUGCAGUACUACAUUAUCGAUAGCUUCAUCAAGGGCCAGGUCACGGAGGAACAUCCACACCGACCGCUCCAUAACCAGGAUAGCGAUGAAGAAGAUCACGAUGACAAUGACAGUGAUCAAGGUGCAUCGGAUGAGGAAACCCGUGGCCGGCGUCGUGAUUCUCGAGGAGCUUCAACUGCUGCGGUUUCUUCCAGCUUCGCCACUGAUGCCGAAACAACUAAGCGUUCCGUCAGCACCACGACCAGAGAGAUCGGCUCGACAAGAAACAGCUCCAAACGUGGCGCCAGUUCUCUGUCAAAGGCCCGAUCCAGCUCCAGACGGCAUCCACAAGUGCUCGAAGAGUACAACCCUGAUACGGACGGGGAUGAACAAUCGCAAAGCCGAGAGGACGCGCUGCGGGCGCCGCGAGCCAAAGAGCUCAAGCCCCUGGAAUAA